AUGUAUCCUAGCGCGCGAGUGCGGCGGCGGCGACGUGCCGGACGCGGUGCCCAUCGCCGUGGGCUGCGCGCUGGGCGGGCUGGUGGUGGUGGUGCUGGUGGCCUACCUCGUGGGACGCAGGCGCUCCGCCGCGCGCGGCUACCUCUCCAUGUAGACUGCAGAUUACAGCCGCUGCGAGUAUCAGCGUACGUAGUCAAUAUAUUUAAAAAAAAAUCCUAUAUAACUAUAGAAGACAGUUAUACAUUGUUUGCGUCGCAAACUGCAUACGUCACCCACGGUUCUACACUGUCUCUGCUCCUGUAUCGUCCAAUAUCAGACAUAAUAUAA